AUGAGCAACACGCCGUUAAAAUCGAAGAAUCUACCAUCUUUUGAAAAUAGUAGUAGUGGUUAUGGAGGAAUGCUACAACCACUCUGGCAGUGGACGGGAAGUCAUGACGAUCGGUUAUUAAAUUUAUUGGAGACUGGAUUUCAAAAUGAUUUAACCGUCACAAUUCUUCCAGAAGGGUUAAAGAUACCAGUGCACAGAAUAUUUCUCCAGGCCGGUUCUCCGAUUCUAAAUGACAAGAUCGACGUGUCCAUGGAGGAGCUCGCUAUUGAAGAUGUCGAUAGCCACCUCUUUAAGAUGCUUUUAAAGUUUUUGUACACUGGGAAAUCAGAUGUUGAAAUUUGCGAUGCAAUUCAACUUAUGGAACUUGCAACUGUUUAUAAGAUCAACGGGUUAAGGGAUGAAUGCGCUAAUGUUUUAAGGACGGAAUUGGCAUUGGAUAAUGCACUUUGCAUGUUACAAACUGGGAUGGAAUAUGCUCACAGAGAGUUUGUACAGUGCACGCUCAAAUGUAUUUGCAGAUACGCUCGGAUAAUAUUAAAAUCCGAUGAGUUUACCAAACUUCGGUUGGAGUGUUUGAUUGAAAUUAUUAAGCAGGAUUCACUCAAAGUUAUAAACGAGAUGGAGGUAUUUGAAGCUAUUUAUAGAUGGGGAAUAGCUGAAUGCGAGCGACAAUCCCUGGAUCACACAAAUCCAGUAGACCUUCGGAAAUGCCUAGCCGAACCAUUAAAGCAUACCAGAUUUCCGUUGAUGGAUCCGUCAGAAUUUGUUUUAAAAGUGGCGACUAAGAACCUGCUCAGUAGUGAAGAAGGGAUGGACGUUUUGACAUGCAUUCUCGUUCUACCGGAGAAUAGGUAG